AUGUCGGAGUUUGCAACCGAUGACCCCAUAACCCUACUUUCCGGCCGUUUGGCGACUUUUAAAAACUGGCCUUACAUGGGUGCUAAAGACAAGUGUAUACCUCAGGCGUUGGCUGAAGCGGGUUUCUACCAUCGACCAGACGUAUCGGAAGAUUCAGUUCAGUGUUUUCUCUGUCAAAAAAUUCUUGGUGGAUGGAAUCCCGAUGAAGAUCCAAUGCAGGAACACAUCUCUCACUGUCCAGAUUGUGCUUUUGUGCAGCUAUUUGAGGCCCAUGGUGGGGGCUAUGAGAAGGUUUCACGGAAGGUCGCGAUCGAGGCAGAAUGUGCGCGCUUUCGAGCGAGUUUUUCGAGAAUUUUUGAGGAAGAAAUCAAAAAGCAUCAAGUGUGGUUUGAAGAAAAUUUAGAGAAACUCAAGGAAGCUGUCAACUCAUCCCUGGAGACUGGCAAGUGGCAGUCGUCCUCGAUCCCUUCAACAACAAGAAGUACUACAAAAAAGCGACCUGCCCGCUAG